AUUACAUAGAUAUAUAUAAAGCUGUCUCUAUUAUAUUCCUAAAGCUUUUACAGCGAUUUGUAGUUCAACGGUUACCUGACAAUAUAUAAUAAGACGUUUUUGACUAUUACAAGUUUGGCAUUGCUAGUUUUAUAUUUUGCACUUUAAAAAUAGCCGAAACUAGACAAAUAAAUCCAAGAAUCCACAGUGAUUCACAAGUCGAAAGGCCGACAUCAUGCAAAACGAGUAACUUGAACAAGACGGAACGAACCAGUCAAAGAGUUGCGUGAUUCAUAGACUUCAUAGGAAUUUAUCUGUGAUGUUGUCGACAUGGAUUGUAUGAUUUUGAAGGUAAUGGUCCAAAACCCAAAUUUGAUACAGUUUUCAAUGAACAUGCACUUUUCUUACCGAUAAACCAUGGAUACACUGUCAAGCUAUUUGACUGACCGUGACAUACAGACUCAGUUACCAGAGAACAGUGAAGUAAGGAGAAUUCAGCAUGGGAUAGAAAAUGCUCUCAAAGUCAUCAUGGAUUCUGUGCAGGCAAAGGAUUCUAGAUUAGUUGGUAAAUUGAUACCWGUGGGUAGCUACUAUUCCGAACUUAAAAUCGGUCUCCCGGAUGAGUUUGACUUCAUUUAUGAGCUUCAAACUCUCGAGGAGGAAAGAGAUUUUGAAGUGAUGCCUUCUGGGUUUAAGGGGAGCAAAAAUCUGUGGCGAACUCCAAAAGGGGAUCCAGGGAAAAGGAAAAUAUUUGUCAAAAAUCCUUCAAAAUAUUCUCUCAAUUUUGAUGACUCGGAUCCUGCUGAAUGGGUAUAUAGAGUUGGUGCAAGAAAUGGGUUAAAUAAUCACGAAUGUGUUCUGCAUCCAGUGGGCGUGAAGAAUUCAUUGCACUUUGCAAUAUUAGAUGUGCUAAGAGAAAUGGACCACUCAAAACUUCAUAGAUAUUUAACAGUAGAUAUAUCUGAAGAGUGUACCUUCAUUUAUGGACCAGCCAUUACUCUAUUUUUCAAUUGGAAUGGUAGAUUCUACAAGAACUUAAGCAUUUCUGUAGAUUUGACAGUUGCUGUCAAAGCAAUGAAAUGGGAAUCUCAUUUUGACUUUUCGAGACCACAUUACAUGGCCCCAGAUAGCUGCUUAAAAUAUAUUUUAUUUGAAGAAAUCUCUCAAAAUGGAUAUCAUUUGGUUCCAAACAUAUCAGACAGAGGUCACAUUCAAUGGAAAAUUUCGACUUCAUUUUUAGAAACCAGAGUUCUCGCAAGGUUUCCGAAAAAUUCAACUAUAAAACGACUCAUCAGAGUUGUCAAGUCAGUUAAAGAUCAACACUUGAAGUUGGCACCAAAUCUUGACUUAAUGAAAGACCAAUCAAUAGCAAAUACUAUCAGGUUUUAUAGUUUUUAUUUCGGAGAGGAUUACAAUGAGAGUUUCCAUCAUCUAGUUUCUUCCUAUAUAAUAAAAACCUCUGUGUUUUCCUUGUGUGGAUAUGCUUCAUUCUUGGAAUGGAAGAAAACACCUCUCUCCAAACUAUAUUUGCUYAUCCUGGUUUUUAUGUAUAAAGCUAUCCAUGAUGGAAAUCUAAGAAAUUUCUUUAUUUCGAGUCAAAAGUUGAAAAUUCCAGCACUUUGCGACAUUUUGCCUGGAUUUUAUAAUUGUUUUCAUGAAGCUGAUGAUAAAAUUAGAGAGAAUAAUGCAGUCCUUCCAGCGGAUGCUACUUCUAUAACGUCCGGCUUUCAUCAAUUGGAAAGAGAACCAUUUGACAAUGAUGCAGCUUUAACCAUUUUCCAGAUAACAAAGGAACAUAUUGAUGAACAUUUCAACGAUCUCUGGAACAAUUGAAAUGAAACUAAAAUUAACUCCAGAACAUUGUAUGUCUGAACGAACGAUGUAUUAAUCAAUCUUCAGAUAUCACUAUAAGCUUUAAAUACAAUGCACCAAAAAUGUUUUUUUUUUUUGGAAAUAUUUUUUUCCUUAAGAUUUCGUGUUCCAACACCUUUGGAAAACCAUCGAUUAGUUAGCUAACCAAGCAAAUAAAUUUUUAAGAAUCAUGAGAUCAAUAAAUCGUACAUAACUUAUGCAAA